AUGGCGCUUCGUGACCUACCAUGGGUGACGAUACUCUUCUCUGGCAUCAUUGCGGCGCUCGCAUAUGGCGUAAUGAGAUUGAUCCAAGUUCGGCGAUUUUACAAAGAUGUCCCCAAACCGCCUCAUAGCUUCUUCUUCGGUCAUUUGAAACUGCUCGGCGAGACCUUCAAAUCGCUACCCAGUGAUGUACAUUAUCAGGCAGCGGUGGUUACGAUCGCCAGGAAGUACAACAUGCCAGGUGUCUUCUACCUCGAUUUGUGGCCUGCCUCAUUUCAGCAAGUUGUGGUGACAGAUCCGGAUGUUGCACUUGACAUGACAGUCAUCCGGAAUCACCCCAAACAUGAAAUGGAGGCAACAAUGGUCGACCCCUUGAUUGGAAGCGGCAACAUCGUCACAACGAACGGACCACAAUGGAAGUAUCUCCACAAGAUGUUGAGUCCUGCUUUCGCCACUUCGCACAUCACCAACAUGAGGCCGAUGGUUGCUGACGAGGUUAUGAAGUUUCGGUCGAAACUUUCCGAGAAAGCUGAAUCGGGUGAGGUUUUCAGGUUGGAGGACCAUACUCUGUGCAUGACGUUUGAUGUCAUAUCGACUAUGACCUUUGGCCGAUCUCUUGACGCGCAGACCAAAGGUAGCCCUGCUCUGCAGCACUUUGAAAAGAUGUGCCGUGCUUUUAUGAUCACGCGAGAGUCUCAUAACUAUAUCCGCAACUUCUUUGUCAACCGGACGGUUUUCGCCGAACGCGCAAAGUUUGAUGCUAUUGUGGAAGGGCUCAUCAAAGAGAGAUUCGAGAUAGUCAAACGCGACAAGCUCGAUCUCUCGGAGAAGCGAGGACUAGGGAUCAUGGACCUCAUCUUGCGAGACUAUGUUGCAGAGCGACAGGGUGACGUAAAGGAGCUCGACCCCCAAUUCACCAAAGAUGCUCUCACACAAGUGAAGACUCUUUUGAUCGCUGGACUUGGAACUACGUCGGAUACCAUCUGUUUCGGAGCUAUGCUGCUUAGCGUUCACCCUGAAGUGGUACAAAGGAUGCGCGAAGAGCACGACCGUGUUUUCACCCCUGGUAUCGAAGCGACGUACGAAAUGCUUAAGAGGGAGCCGUAUAAGCUGAAUGAGCUCACCUAUACGAACAACGUCAUCAAGGAAGUCCUGAGGUUCUAUCCGAUAGGAAAUACCGCACGCAAGGGCAUCGAUACUCUCACGUAUCAGGGUCGCGAAUGGCCGACCAAAGAUCGCAUGAUCUGCCCCGUCCAACUGGCUAUGCAUAUGGAUCCAGCGAUAUUCCCAGAUCCGCUCAAGUUCGAUCCAGACCGGUUUACACGAGAAGACCAUCCGCGGCACGCCUGGCGUCCAUUCGAGAGAGGACCGCGUGCGUGUCUGGGCCAACCGCUGGCUAUGGACGAGUUCGUGAUCGUAUUCCUGCUGACAAUACGCGAUUUCGACUUUACUUGCGCGGAUCUGAAACCCAACAAGACGCCUCGAGCAGAGUGGAAUGAUCUGGAUCUGACAUUUGGUGAUCGCGCCUACCAGGAAUUUGUUUUCGAGGCCAAACCACGAGACGGCAUGCCGAUGACCGUUAAGAAGUCCAACUGGUCAAAACGACGACGAGCUGCAUCCGGACCAUCCGAACCAAACCAGACAACCGGCGUCAUGUUUACCUCGACGCGUGCGCUGCAAGUAUUGGCCUUCGCUGCGACAGGAGCGUAUUCUCAAUACGUGUUCCCGGACUGCAGCAGUGGACGGUUGAGCAAUGAGACCAUCUGCGAUCCUUCGGCGUCUCCGCUAGCUCGUGCGAGAAACCUCGUGUCUCUCUACACUCUCGAGGAGAAGAUCAAUGCUACGAGCAGUGGCUCGCCAGGCGUUGCUCGUCUCGGCAUACCACCUUACCAGUGGUGGAACGAGGGUCUUCACGGCAUUGCUGGCCCUUACACCAACUUCAGCGAUGAGGGGGAGUUUAGCUACUCCACCUCGUUCCCCCAGCCCAUCUUGAUGGGUGCGGCUUUCGACGAUGAACUCAUCACCGAAGUCGCAAAGGUCAUCUCCACCGAAGCGCGUGCUUUCAACAACGCGAACAGGACUGGCCUUGACUUCUGGACACCCAACAUCAACCCGUUCCGUGACCCUCGCUGGGGACGCGGACAGGAGACACCCGGUGAAGACUCCUACCAUCUGUCUUCUUACGUCCAGGCCUUGAUCCACGGUCUUCAGGGUGACGCGUCUGACCCGUACAAGCGUGUUGUCGCAACUUGCAAGCAUUUUGCAGGUUAUGACGUUGAGGACUGGAACGGAAACCUCCGCUACCAGAACGACGUGGAGAUCUCACAGCAGGAUAUGGUCGAGUACUAUCUCGUUCCAUUCCAGGCCUGUGUUCAAGCGAACGUCGGUGCUUUCAUGUGCAGCUACAAUGCGGUAAACGGUGCCCCACCAUGUGCCGAUCCUUACCUGCUGCAGACCAUUCUGCGUGAGCACUGGGGCUGGACGAACGAAGAGCAAUGGGUCACAUCCGACUGUGAUGCUGUUCAGAACGUCUACCUCCCGCACCAGUGGUCAUCAUCUCGUGGUGGCGCUGCUUACGACUCCUUGAAGGCCGGUACCGAUCUCACGUGCGGUACUUACAUGCAGGAGCACCUUCCCGCUGCCGUCCAGCAAGGUCUUCUCGAUGAAGCUGUCCUUGACCAGGCCCUUGUCCGUCAAUACUCUUCGCUCGUCCGUCUUGGCUACUUCGACUCUGCCGACAACCAGCCCUACCGCCAGCUCGGCUUUGACGCGGUUGCCACCAACGCUUCGCAGGCACUCGCACGCAGGGCCGCUGCCGAGGGUAUCGUUCUGCUGAAGAACGAUGGUACGCUGCCGCUCUCUGUCGAUUCGUCUAUGUCAAUCGGCCUCUUCGGUGACUGGGCGAACGCAACCGAUCAGCUCCUCGGUAACUACGCUGGUGUUGCCACCUACCUUCACUCUCCUCUGUAUGCUCUCGAACAACUCAACGUUACCAUCAACUAUGCUGGCGGAAACCCCGGUGGCCAGGGCGACCCAACGACCAACCGUUGGUCCAACCUUUAUGGCGCGUACUCUACCAGCGAUGUCCUAAUGUACGUCGGCGGUAUCGACAACAGCGUUGAGGCGGAAGAUGACGACCGCACUUACCUCACAUGGACUGGAGCUCAGCUCGAUGUUAUCAGCCUGCUCGCCGACACCGGAAAGCCAGUCAUCGUUGUGGUCACUGGAGGUGGACAGAUUGACAACACCCCUCUCGUCAACAACCCCAACAUCUCUGCCAUUCUCUGGGCCGGAUACCCUGGUCAGGAUGGAGGUUCCGCCAUCAUCGACAUCGUUACCGGAAAGACUGCUCCCGCUGGACGUCUCCCUACGACCCAGUACCCCUCCAACUACAUUGCCCAGGUCUCCAUGAUGGACAUGAACAUGCGCCCUGGUGAGAACAACCCUGGUCGCACUUACAAGUGGUACAAUGGUUCCGCCGUCUACGAGUUCGGUCACGGUCUGCACUACACCAACUUCUCCGCUGAAGUCACUAGCGAGCUUCAACAGAGCUACGCCAUCUCUGCCCUCACGCAGAACUGCAACAGCACUGGAGGUUUCCUCGAGCGUUGCCCCUUCGUAUCUGUCGAUGUUGAGGUCUCCAACGAUGGCGAUGUUAGCUCUGACUAUGUUACUCUUGGCUACAUUGCUGGAGAGUUUGGUCCUGCGCCCCACCCCAAGAAGUCGCUUGUCUCUUACAAGCGUCUCCACAACAUCGCUGGAGGCUCUUCCGCCACUGCGACUCUCAACCUCACUCUUGCGUCUCUUGCCAGAGUUGACGAGAUGGGCAACAAGGUCUUGUACCCCGGUGAUUACACCAUGAUGAUCGACAACCACCCGCUUGCGAGCGUCAACUUUACCUUGACUGGAGAGCAUGCGAUGCUAGACAUGUGGCCUCAGCGUCCCAACCAGACCGCUCAGGGCGUCGAGUACGUUGGUGACUACUGGUACGGAGGUUACGGCAGCGACUAUGGUGCUGAGCCUGCGGAGUUCCAGAGCACCAUAUCCACCAAGGACUUCCAAGACCGCCCCGAAGCCGGAGGACCUGGUGAGAAAUACACUCGCGCUAUCUACUUCGAUCCCGAUGAAGGCGCACCCCGAUUCGUGUGGCUCAAGACUAUGACCAAAGAUGGAGAGUACGGACACCCUUGCCUCACAGCUUGCCCCGGUGCGCUAGCCGCCAACAACGAGAAGGAAACAGAGUCUGAAGAGGAAAUUGGUAUGACAGAUAUGAAGAUCCGGCAUAAUCACGCGCUCGCCCGUCGUCUCCCAUACAACUUGGUCUUGUCCUACCGCGAGAACUUUCUCCACGAUGGAUCGACGCACAACAUGGCCAUCGACAAGAUCAUCGACCCUAACUCUCCUCACCUACACGCCUGGCGGGGUCCGAUGAUUGCUUAUGGAACCGAUGCUUUCGAUGACGUCCCUUUCAGUCAAGAUCCGUCGUACAGCCAAGAUCUCGGUCCUUCCGGCCUUCGUAUUAUCGCGCACAAGCUCAACACUUACUACUCCAAGUACGCUGUUGGUCCAACGAUUGAGGACAUCAAAGAAGAGUUGAGUAGCGUGAUCGGCGUACGCAUCAACUGCGAUGGCGACGUCGAAGUUGAAGGCCGCCCUCGCUAUGAGCCUAUGGAACUUCCGGCCUACCGCUCAUUCUUCCACGCAGCCACCGAUGUCUCAAAACACAUUGAGCUACCCUUCACUGUUCAGCGCAUUCCUGGAAGUGUCGCCAAAUGGAAAAAGCGACCGGAGACUCCGUCGGGCAAAAAGUCUUGGGUCAAUGUUGCUGGUACAUUCCUCAACAUUGGCUGCAAGCCCGAGCGUGCGGACACCGGCUUCAAUUGGGGCCUCGCACCACCAGAAUGGCAGAAUGACGUUGGUUCUGUUGUCGUCAUGCGCAAAGACAAGAGGCCUCUCCUUCCGAUACACGUCUUCGCUCUCGCCGACUAUCAUCAGCAUCGUCUCAUGGAUGUCUUCGAGUCGGAGGGGGAGAGUGUGCAUUCAGAUAAGGAGCCUGAGCUGAAGCGCGACAAGGCGUGGAUCAUGAAGCAAAUCACCAAGGACAAGUUCGAGGAGUACUACAUGACUUGGAAGUCGGGAAUGACAAAGGAGGUGCCCCGCAUCUCGCCUUACGACUUCUAG